AUGGAUAACAACAGUAUGAUAAAAUUAGUGCAAUCAUGCAUUCCUCCUUUAGAUGGCAAUAGUCAUAAAGGUCAAGCCGGUAGGAUAGGAGUUAUUGGAGGUUCAAUGGAAUAUACUGGAGCUCCAUUUUUCGCUGGUAUUAGUGCUUUAAAAGUUGGAGCAGAUUUAGUGCAUAUAUUCUGCACUUCCCCUGCAGCGACAGUUAUUAAGUCAUACAGUCCUGAUCUAAUCGUUCAUCCUCUGUUAGACCAACCAAAUGCUGUAAAUGAAAUAUCACCUUGGUUGGAUAGGUUACAUGCCAUAGUAGUUGGACCAGGACUAGGCAGAGAAACGAAAACAUUUGAAAUAGUUUCAGAACUAAUUAAAACAAUUAAGAGAAGAAACAUACCCCUCAUUGUGGAUGCUGAUGCUUUAUUUUUAAUCACACAUAAUUUGGAAUUGAUCAAAGAUUUUCAAUCACCAGUAAUAUUAACCCCAAACAAAGCUGAAUUUGAAAGGCUGUGUGACAAACUUAAUGGUCAAUCAGGGCUAAAUAAACUGGGAAAAAAUAUUAUAGUCUUAAAAAAAGGGAGUACAGAUGAAGUAUAUUGUGCCAUUAGUAAUGCUCAGUGGAAAUCAAAUGUCGGUGGAUCUGGUCGCAGAUGUGGAGGUCAAGGAGAUAUACUUUCGGGAUCUAUUGCUAUCUUCUUACAUUGGACACUGAGCAAUGUUGACAAAUUAAACCUUACAUAUUCAAUGGAUAAAACAAUUAUUGCAGCGUCACUGUCAUGUUUUGCUGCUUCUUUAUUGGUAAGAACGUGCAAUGAAGAAGCAUUUAAAAUUAAAGGCAGAAGCAUGUUAGCUACUGAUAUGAUUGAAUAUAUACAUACAAGUUUUCAAGAAUUGUAUGGCCAGUAG